UUUUCUGCCUUCUAUUUGUUCACACCUCCUGCUUGAAUUUUCAGCUCUCGUGUUUUUGCUUUUGGCUCUUCACAUCUUCUUUGUCAUCUCCGAUUCUUGGCUUGUGAGGAGAGAGAAUUGAUGGGCUCUUGCUGCAGCGCCCGGAUUCGGGCCCACCACAGCCCUCAGAGAGAUGGGCAAAGUUCUAGACAUGUUAGCUUUGAUGGGAGUUUGCCUCCCUCAGUGCCAUUGACCCCUCGAAACGAGGCUGAAAUCUUGGACGCGGGGAGUUUGAAGAGCUUCGGAUACAAUGAUCUCAGGAUAUGUACUAGAAACUUUCGCCCCGACAGUGUGUUGGGGGAAGGUGGAUUUGGGUCCGUCUUCAAAGGCUGGAUCGACGAGCACACUUUCAAGGCUGCCAAGGCGGGGACGGGGAUGGUCAUUGCUGUCAAGAGACUGAAUCAAGAAGGUUCACAAGGUCACAAGGAAUGGUUGACAGAAAUCAACUAUCUGGGGCAGCUACACCACCCCAAUCUAGUGAGACUGAUCGGCUAUUGCUUGGAGGACGAGCACAGGCUUCUCGUGUACGAGUUCAUGCCUCGUGGCAGCUUGGAGAAUCAUUUAUUCAGGAGGGCGUCUUAUUUCCAGCCGUUGGAUUGGAAUCUAAGGAUGAAGGUGGCGCUUGGUGCAGCGAAGGGGCUCGCGUUCCUCCACAGCUCGGAGGCAAAGGUCAUCUACCGCGAUUUCAAGGCCUCCAACAUCUUGCUUGACUCUAGCUACAACGCGAAGCUUUCUGAUUUCGGGUUGGCUAAGGACGGUCCACUCGAUGGCAGAAGCCAUGUUUCAACAAGAAUCAUGGGCACAUAUGGCUAUGCUGCUCCAGAGUAUAUGGCCACAGGCCAUUUGACUGCCAAGAGCGACGUGUACAGCUUUGGUGUCGUUCUCCUAGAGAUACUGACGGGAAGGCGCGUGCUGGACCAGAACCGGCCCCAGGGCGAGCAGAACCUGAUUGAAUGGGCAAGGCCUUACCUAGCAAGCAAGCGGAGAGUGCUCCGCGUCAUAGAUGCCCGUAUAGAAGGCCAGUACAAGCCAAGUGGGGCGCUACGAGCAGCGAUAUUGGCUGUGAAAUGCAUAGCCAUCGAGCCCAAGUACCGGCCCACGAUGGACGAAGUGGUGAAGGCUCUGGAGCAACUUCAGGACACAGGUAUUGUCCAAACUGAAGAAGAAGCUCAGAGACAACUUCACUUUGGAAAUGGACCGAGUUCAACUAGAAAAACUGCUUCCUAUCCAAGACCUUCUGCUUGAUUGUAAGGGAAAAAAUGCUAUCUUUUUAUACAGUGGCAAAAUUAAUCAGUUUGGUCAAAUUCUGAUCUAUCCCACGUCUUUUGAAAUUUAAAUGAGAAAUUACGAAGUUUCAGAUUCGCAA